GCCACGGCGGGCUGGGCCGCGCAGCGCUCCCCAUGGGGGAGUGCGGGGUGCCCGCGCCGGUGCAGCUCCUCCUCCGCGCCUGCGAGCAGGGCGACUGCGAGGCCGCCCAGCAUCUGCUGGGGCCGCCCGGCGGCGGCGCCGAGGCCGCAGGCAGCGCCAAGGGAGCGGUGGAGCCCCGUGGCGAGGGGGCGGUGGCGCCCGCCGCCCUGCCCGUGGACGGCACCGACGAGGCCGGCAACACGGGGCUGCAGUUCGCGGCGGCCGGUGGCCAUGAGCAGCUGGUGCGGUUCCUGCUGCGGAAAGGGGCCUCGGUGCAGAGCCGCAACCACUACGGCUGGAGCCCGCUCAUGCAGGCCGCCAGGUUUGGACAUAUAAGCGUGGCUCACAUCCUGCUGGAGAAUGGUGCUGAUCUCAAUGCACAGAACAAGUUAGGAGCCAGCGUGCUCACAAUGGCUUCCAGAGGUGGCCACAUCAGCAUGGUGAAGCUGUUGCUGGAAUCUGGAGCGUUUGUAGACAACUAUGACCAUUUUAGUACAAGCUUACUGAAUAGCAGCAGAGAGGACCUACCAGAUAUCACCCCCCUUUUGGCAGCUGCCCAGCAUGGACAUGAGGCUGUGGUCCGUCUGUUACUAGACUGGGGAGCUGACUGUAAUUACACUGUGAAGACAGUAGGCUGGAGUCCUUUAAUGCUGGCGGCUGUUAACGGAAAGGUGAGCUUGGCCCAGCAGCUCAUGGACAAAGGUGCCAAUCCUGAUCACCAGAAUGUACUACAUAAAACGCCCUUUGAAAUCUCUGUCAGCUUCAAACACAAAGACAUGAAGGACUACCUGGAAUCUGUAACAACAGUCAGACCUCAGGCAGAUACAGAAAAGAGGCAACCUGAUGUCUUUCAUGCUUUGAAAUUGGGAAACUUUCAGUUGGUUAAAGAAAUUGUUGAUGAAGACCCAAGUCAGGUCAACAUUGCUAAUGGUGAUGGCGCAUCUCCAUUAAUGAUUGCUGCUGUAACUGGACAGCUGCCCCUUGUCCAGCUCCUUGUUGAGAAAAAUGCAGAUAUUGACAAACAGGAUAACGUUCAUGGCUGGACAGCGCUAAUGCAGGCCACAUACCAUGGAAACAAAGAGGUUGUAAAGUAUUUGUUAAAUCAAGGAGCUGAUGUUAAUCUGCGUGCAAAAAAUGGAUACACAGCUUUUGACCUGAUAAUGCUGCUGAAUGAUCCAGACACAGAACUUGUACGGUUACUAGCAUCAGCAUGCAUGCAAGUAGACAAAGACAAGAGUAAACUGAACAGCAGAUCAUCUUUGCCUUGUUCCAGAAGUAGGCAUUUCUUAAAUGUUCCUAUGUUGCCAGAUGACAAAGGAGGAUUAAAGUCUUGGUGGAGCAGGAUGUCCAAUCGCUUCCGCAAGCUGAAGUUGACUCAGACAUUGCGUCAUGGAUUUUCUUCCAAUCAGUUUGUGCCUUUUCCUCAUGAGCCUGAAUCUUCAUUAAAUGCUACCAUAAAAGCAGUUUCACAGAGUGGUACAGACACUUCUGGAAACCCUGAUGCUGCUACAGCCUGGAUCACAAAUAACAGAGCUAGUGGUGUAAGCACUGUAAAAGAAGGAAAAGAUGAUGAACUAUUGACAACUAUGUUAAGAAGUAGUGCUCCAUUUACUAGGCUGCCCAGUGAUAAGCUGAAAGCAGUGAUUCCCCCUUUCUUACCACCUUCAAGUUUUGAGCUUUGGAAUUCUGACCGAACACGAAUCAACAAAGAUGGUAAAGCUGAACAGAUGAGAACUGCCUGGCCGCAGAGAGCAAUCAAGCAUGAUUUUAACAGCAGUGGAAAUUCUGAUAUAACGUCUGUUAGCAAAGGUACUAGACCAGUCAAAUUACCAACAUUUGCAAGAAGAUCUGCAUCUCCUUCAAAUUCUAACAACUUCAGUCAUUCUCCUCAUUCUUCUGGUGGAUCCAAUAACAUUGCAGGCAUUAACAGACAUGGAGGAGAACUGCAUAAUAGAUCAGGUGGCAGUGCAGAUAAUGUUUUGUCUCAAAUUGCAGCCCAAAGAAGAAAAGCAGCAGGCUUACCUGAACAGAAACCCAGCCAACAGCAUAGUCCAGUCCAGUCAACUCCUUCAUCCACCCUGUCAGAUUUACAGUGUACUCAGAUUGUUGGGAAUGGGCAUAUUGUAAAGCAAAAACUGGAAGUGAACAAAAGACCUCCAUCUGGGACUUCAUCUACAUCUAAAAGUACAUCACCGACUCUAACACCUUCUCCGUCACCCUCCACAUCUCCUAAGGUUCACAAUGCAGAGUCCUCUCUCUCCUCUUCUCACAGGCAGACCAAGAGCAAUGGUUCCAGCAGUGGUACUAUUACUGAAGAUGGUAACCAGUUGGUGGACCACCAGCAGCUUAUCCCUAUUCUGAGAACCAGUGAUGUAGAGAAUCAUGAAAGAAGAAACCAUGUGAGAGUGAAAGGAGGCUGUGAAAAUUUGGAGAAAGAUGAGCUAACUGGCAUCCUUAAAAAGUUGUCUCUCGAAAAAUAUCAGCCUAUUUUUGAGGAACAAGAGGUGGAUAUGGAAGCCUUCCUUACACUUACUGAUGGUGAUCUGAAAGAGCUGGGUAUUAAAACUGAUGGGUCAAGGCAGCAAAUUCUGGCAGCUAUUUCUGAACUGAAUGCAGGAAAGGGACGAGAGAGACAGAUUUUACAAGAAACUAUACACAACUUCCACUCUUCCUUUGAGAGUAGCGUUAGUAACACACGACCUCCUGGCAAUUCCCAGUCACCUGGCUGCUCUAUAAAACCACAAGAAGCUGUUCCUCCUAAAAGGUAGCUACUGGGAAAAGAUCUUUUCUUAUGAUGAAGUCUGGGGCCUGGCUGAAGAUGGCCAUAGACGAUGAAACCAUAGGAGGCCUGCAUGGGUACACUCAAGAACAACAAAAGCAUGGAAGAAGACAGUGAAAAUCACAAAUUACAAGAGGUUCUACAUAUGAAUAUCUCUAAACUGAAUAUGCCUGUGGAGUUUUCUGUGAAUACAAAUAAAAGUCCAAGUUUAUAAUGGUUUAAUGAGAAGGAAUAUAAAGGAAAAGUAAUGCUGUAUUCUUUAUUAACUAAAAUAUACUUUAUCUAACCAAUAUUAAGAGGUUAGAACAGCAGUAAAGGUAACUAUGAAAUACUUUUUUUGUAAAAAUAGUGCUUUAUUUAAGCAAAUGCAUAAUCUGUCAUCAUUAUUUAAACAGAAAUAGUAUUAAAAUAUAUAUAUUGUUGAUCUAUUUUGAGAAUAAAGCCAUUUAAGUGAUUUUGACAUUUUUGAGCAGUAGCGCUGGCAGGUCAUCAAAAUAUAUUUGUGUGACUUUAUUUUUGUAGCAGAUAAGUCUGAAAGGACAAGUGCAAAGGAGCGAUCUCAAUUCAUUCUGUAUCCCUCGACCCUCCAUAUUAUACUGGUUUUAGUGAAAUUUAGCAAAAAUAUGGAUAGCAGUGGGUGUGGUGAUAAACAGAAGUAGUAACGACAGUGAAAAUACACUGUUCCUCUGCUGUUCCUUAAGUACAUCAGAUGAGACAGCUGAUUCUGUAACGGCUUUGUUCACUUGGCUAUCUGAGGUACUCUUCCAAGAUGCCAACAGUGAAGGGCAGAACAGCUGAACUAUGCCAGAUAGCAUCCAGUGAAGAGUGCUGUGUUAUUUGUUUGGUUUUUAAUACUAAAAAUGUCAAAAUAAUUUUCAGAAACAAAACCUUUGUUAAAAUAUGUAUUUAAAAUAACUAUCAAGUCAGUUAGCUAGAGAGAGAAACAAUAAAUGUUGUUACAAUGUAAGAACAGUUUAUUACUGUCAGGAGUUUGGAGGGAUAUAAAGUGAAAGGUGAUGUGAUGCAGUACCUUUGCAAUAACUUCAUCACAGAACCAAAAGCAGGGUAUAAUGGAGGAAGAAAAACCUGAGGACUUUGUUGGUACACCAUGUCAGCCCUAUUUGAGCAUUUGUGAAACUGUAAACUGUCUUUGAAAAUAAAUAAUGAUUAGAUAAAUUCUUAAACAA